UCGGUGCAGGUAGUUGGACUGUCAAAUAGCAUUUCUUCGUCGCCGCCUCGCCUCUGCGCCGCCGAGCAGUCAGUCCGAGCACGGGAAUUGGGCCGCUCCGAACCGAGGCGUCGAGAGGAGCAAAGUGUCGGCCGCGUGGACCAUGGCCGCGAGUCGCGAAGAGGAGCGGUCGGCCGAGAAGGAGUCGGGUCUGCUGACUCCCCCGCCCACGCCCACGAGUCCGUGCGGGUUCCAGUUCCCGGGCAUGGGCGGCGGUGGAGAUCGAGGGUCUGCCUUCACGCCCUGGGUGCCCAGGGGCCCCUCCCUCCUGCCUCUGCUCCCGCCCUUCCCCAUCCUCCCCGCCAUCGCCUCCGUCGCCGCCGUCGCCAAGCAGCAGUCGACGUCCCUGGCCGCCGACCCCCGCGUGAUGGGGAUGCUGCAGAGCUACGGGUCCCUGGGGCAGCUGCCGUGGGCCGCCCUGGGCGCCAGCGGCGACCUGGCCCUCAACCGCCUGCUCCUGACCCCCGGAGGCCGCCUGAGCCGCCCCAAGAAGCGCUACAUCUGCAAGUAUUGCCAGCGGGAGUUCACCAAGAGCUACAACCUGCUGAUCCACGAGCGAACCCACACGGACGAGCGCCCCUUCCCGUGCGACGUCUGCGGAAAGGCCUUCCGGAGGCAGGACCACCUCCGCGACCACAAGUACAUCCACAGCAAGGAGAAGCCCUUCAAGUGCGACGUGUGCGCCAAGGGCUUCUGCCAGGCGCGCACGCUCGCCGUGCACAAGGCCCAGCACGCCCACGACGGCCCCGCGCCCGCGCCCGCCCAGUCCUCGCCUCCCCCGCCCGCCGCGCCCAGGGUGAGCGCCCCCGCGGAGAGCCGCCCCGCCAGCGUCACCGUCACGCCCGUGCUCAGAACCAUCACCACGCCCGCCCUGCUCGCCGCGCCCAUCCUCUCGCCGCCCACUAGCGCCUCGCCCACGCUGCCGCCCGCCACGCCCGCGCUGCCGAAGGACGUGACGCUGAUUCCCAUCUACAGUUUCCCGCUCAAGAAGGAGGCGCCGGCGGAGGAGGAGAGCCUGAAGCGGCGGCUGGAGGGCCUGAGUCUCCCGGCGGCCAAGAAGCCCUUCCUGCAGACGGAGGAGGAGGCGGAGGGCGCCAAGAAGCGGCGCGGGUUCUCCAUCGACGACAUCAUGAAGUAGCUCCUCGCUCCCCCCCCCCCCCACGCCUCCGGCCUCGUCUCCCUCUCCUCUCUCUCCUCUUUCAUGCACGGUUUCCCUUCUCAGAACGUCUGUGGUUUUCUUCCUCCUCCUUUCUCGGUUUCUUCUUGGACUUCCUUCGUCUUUUCCCUUUUUCUGUCUCUUGUUUUCUUCUUAUUCUAUUAUUUCUCUGGUUUAUCUUCACCAUCUUCUCUCUCUCUUCUUCUUUGGUAAAGUUCUGUUUUUCUUUGUUCUUCUUCUUUGCCUUUCAUUCAUUUUCCUUUAUGCUGUUCCUCGCCGUUCUAUGUCUACUUUAUUCUUUCAUCUCCUCACCUUCUUUCUUCUUUAUUGUCUGCUCCUUUGCUUCGCCAUUAUCAUCUUUCCUUUUUCCUGUUCAUUACUCCUCCUUUUCUUGCCUUUUUAUUCCUCCGUCUUUCGUACUUUCUCAUAUUCACCUUUUUACAUUUUCCUUUUUUUAUAUUUCCCUUUCUCCCCCCCCCCCCCCCCCGUGACUCAGCCCACCUAUUACCCGAGUGUACAAAUGUCUUUAAUGUAUAGUUUUUUUAAGUUGCAAAUUCUAUUUUUCAAGUUAUAUUAUUAUACUUAAAUAUAUAUAUAUAU